GAGCUCGCCGAGUAGACACCAUGAGCAAAGCGCAUCCUCCUGAGUUGAAAAAAUUUAUGGACAAGAAAUUAUCAUUGAAAUUAAAUGGUGGCAGACAUGUCCAAGGAAUAUUGCGGGGAUUCGAUCCCUUUAUGAAUCUGGUGAUAGAUGAAUGUGUGGAGAUGGCAACUAGUGGGCAACAGAACAAUAUUGGAGUCGUGGUAAUUCGAGGAAACAGCAUCAUCAUGUUAGAAGCCUUGGAACGAGUAUAAAUGAUGGAUGUGUUCACCUGAAGAAACCAACUGCUUCCACAUGUCCCCUCCAUAGUACCUGUUUUACUACAGUAUAAAAAUCAGGUCGUGCAUUUUCAUAUUGAACUUUUUUGUUAAAUAAACUUUUUUAAUAGUCAAAAUAUGCUUUCUCAAACAUUGUGAACAUGGAAAAUUGAAUGUUAGCUCUUAUUCUAGUUUUUCUAACACGAACUGUUUCUGGUUGAGACUGAAUUGUUUAAGUUUUUAUGCAUUAAUAUUGAAGAAUUUGAUUAAAUGUAACAAAC